AAAACGAGCCCGGUUCCGUUGUGGCCGACAUUGAUGAACUUGGAGACUCAUUCAUCGCUUCUUUCAGCUGCACUGUCUUGUAGAUCAUUAGAAGGUUUGGCACGCUCUUCCGGGUUCCCAAACCAGCCUCGUCGUAUCAAACGCCAAGCCGACUGGUCAAACCAUCUACCGACGAAAUCUGAAUCGAAAAGGCAUCGUUGCCAAAAUGAGCUUCGGUAGUUCUUUUGUUUCGCUCACUGCGGAGCCCUCAAACGAUUUCCGGAUAGCAGACACCGACGCCGUCUCCGAGUUCCAAACGACAGCAACUCAGUUCGCUGCUGUGCCUCGUUCUGUCGAACUCCCCUCAAUCCACUCCCUCGAAGCCAGCCAGGCCGCGUCAAUUCAAUCGAUCGAUUCCAACCCCGCAGUCCAACUACCAGAUACCCAAACUGUCCUCCUACUACAUGGAGUGAAGCAGCAGUACGAGGUGACGAGUGGACACGCGUUGCCGGCUACAAAACACGACCAUGAGCUGUUGGUACGGACAAGCACUAUCGGGUUGAACCCAAUCGACUGGAAAUCACCUGAUUACGGUUUUGGCAUCCCAGAGCUUCCUUAUAUCUCCGGUCGUGAGGCUGCAGGCACAGUCGUGCGAGCCGCCAACCGGCCUUCAAGGGUCAAGACAAAUGACAAGGUCAUUGUUAUUUCAACCGACUACCGAGACCUCCGAAAAGCCACAUACCAGCAAUACGUCGUGGCCUCUGACUUCAAUGUCGUUAGAAUCCCCAAGGAAAUCACCGUCAGUGAGGGAGCUACUCUCGGCGUCGCCUUCGUAGCGGCAUCCUUGGCGCUGGGAGUCUGCCUCGGCGUCGACUUUACCAGGGCCCAUGACGGCCCUAACAUCCUCGAUCUUGUUCGAAGCAUCCCGGAGGAAUCGGUGCCCCAAGACAUCAGGGGAGAGUGCUUGCAGGGUAUCCUACCCAGCGAGGGCGCCAAGUCAGGGGAUUGGAUCGCAAUCUGGGGCGGAUCAUCUACAUCAGCAAGCAUUGCGGUGCAACUGGCUCGUCUCGUUGGACUCAAGGUCGCUUUGGUGGUUGAUAACGCCAAGCAUGGACUGAGAAUUUCAGAAAACCCCAUCCUCCGACCAGACCUGCUCGUCGACAGCCACGACCCUGAACGCGCAGUCGCCAUCCUCCGUGCCAACACAAACGGAAAGCUACGAUUCGGAAUCGAUACUCGAGGCCGUGACACCGCCGAGCUCCUCCUCCGCGCUUUAGGUCCCGAGGCCAAGCGAGCUGCUCCAGUCAACUCACCUCCCAGCACACCUCCCAGUGAGCCCAUCAUCCCAGCACACCUAGUAGGCUUGAGCGGUCUGCCCAAGGGCGAACAACCCGCGGGCAUCAUCUUCCACACCAUCCCCGUUAAGCUGUACCAUGAAGUGCCCGAAAUUGGCGAGGCGUUGUCGAGCUGGCUGGAGCGACUGUUGGCUACUCGCGCGAUGGUGCCGCCGAGAAUUAUCGAUAUUGAGGACGGUUUACACAAUGUUAACAAGGGGCUGGAUCGAAUGCGCAAGGGUGAAAUCAGCGGAGGUAAGCUCCUCGUUGAGCUGGAGGCAUAAUUAAGUCAAGUCUCAAGCAGAGAUGAAAAUAAAAUAGAUUGUUCAUGUAUUCCUCAGCUAAUUAUACUUGGAGCAAUUGAUUCUACUAAAGUUCAAACUCCAUUUCCAGUUCCCUAAUAAGUCUCCUCUCACUGCUCAUUCAUCGUCCAAUAGUCUCAACCAUGACCCUGCAACUCCUGAACACUUCAUACACCACAGGUUCUUGACCUUUAGCAUAUCCAC